AUGGUGAAUGCCAAAUAUGUCGCCUUUACAGUCAACAAGCAGACGCCCUUUCUGCAGACGCCCGACCAAGCCUAUGCGACAGUAAUCAAUUGCCGCCCCCCCGCCGGCAAGCGUGCCGCUUUUGCGCAAGAGGUGCGCUCCCACAACGUGCCCUUGGCAAAGGUCGAAGGCAGUCUGAAGCGCAAGCGGGGCGAGGACGGCAAGAGAGAGUACGACCAAGCAGCACACUCGAGCGCUUCCUAUGCCAGCAAUGCCAUGGCUCCACUCGCAACCGCAACCGCUCGCCCCCUCCUCACCCAGCAGUGGCAACAACGCAAGCCCACCAGGUUACGGAGGGGCAAGGUCCUGUCCAAGGGUGUCGACCUCGACUGCUGGUUCAUCAUACUCUCCUACUCGGACCCCGCCCAGUUGCUCGAGAUGCGCAGCAAAAUCGCUUCAUGUUACCGCUUCCUGCGCGACAACCCCAUGCUCUGGAAGCAUAGCAGGGUUUACUACUACGGAACCGACAUGCCGGACCCUCCUCCAGGCCUGACUGAGUUCCAGUUUGCCCAUCUGCGCCACGGCCAUGGCUGUAUGGAUUGCGGUGCGCCCAACACUCGCAAAACAUUCUGGGCUUUUCUACGCCGCAUGUGCAAGGACUGUCUAACAAACCAGGUCAUCAAGGAGUACGAAGCCAUGGCUCUUCUCAAAGGUCCAGACGGUGAAGACAUCUCCUUCAUUCGUGCUGCUCUUCCAAGUGGAAUCUACGAUUCUUGGGGUAAUUUUGUCGGGGUUGGCCCAGCAAGCACACAUGCACUCAAGACGAUUUAUCUAAAAUCAGACGUAGACAAGCUCGUUGCCGAGUACAACCGCGAGGUGCGUGAACGGGCUCCCGACGCAAACGAGGCUCCCGCGUGGAUUGCUGCAUGGCUUGCUGCAAAAGCUCAGAGGAUAGAAGAACGUCAAGCCUUUGCAAAGAAGAUGGAGCAGUGGGAAGAGAUGCAGCGGACUGCCAGGACUGCCGAGUACAGUUCAAAGAAAUCUAGGCGCAAGGCCUACUUCAAGGAAAAGGCCGCCCAACUGUCGCCACCGAUUGGUAUCAAGGAACUCGAGGCCUGUCCGUCGUACAAACGCGCUGUGACUAUACCCAAGGAUCCCAACAACACUUCAUGGGAUCUCCUCAAGCCCAAGAUUGUCAAGGAAGCAGCAGAAAUCGCUGCCCGAAGAGGUCUAGAAGAGUCGCAUCCGCCUACAGCAUCGUCAUCAGGUAUCUCAACACCCACGAACAGCAUGAACGGCUACCCUCAUGCGCAUCUCUACCUUGGUACCAUCAUGGGUCUGCCCCCGCCAGACCACCACCACCACAUGUUUCAUUGA